AUGGGACUAAAUAGUGCAGUUGGAGACAUGGAGACCUGCAAGCCUGGAUGUAUUUCUGAGAGAGGGAUUCUGGAGCUGAAAUCGAAAUUCUCGUAGUCCACAGGGCUCAGGAUGGGUGUGGCAUGGCCUCCCCUGAGACCUGGAGAGGGUCCCAACAACUGCUGGAGAAAGCCCCUUAUCUGGUAGUAGCUGGUGGAACCAGGGAAACCCCCCCCCCACCCUCAUCCCAUCCAGAUAGCCACAGGGUUCCAUGAGCCAAUAGCCAGAGCCAGGAAGAACCACAGCUUAUUUUUGAGUCUUGACCCCUGCCUCCUGCUCCCUGCAACCUGAUAACCCAUCACGCUUGGGCUAAGGGAAUCCUCCUGGACUCUGGCCUGAACCAAGAAUGUUGUAAGCAAGCACAGGUCCCAGGGCUGGAGCAAAAGACAGGAGCUGCAGAUCUGUCUUCCAGGGGAUAGGACUCCCUAACCCAGCUGGUCUGGGGUCUGCUCAGCCAGUGACUGAAUGCCUGAGGUGGAAGUGCUUGGCUCUGCCUGUCCAUGGGGCCACCCAGCCAGCCCAAACCAGGCUUUGCAGCUGAUGCUCUUGGCUGCUGAGGGGCUCCCUGGAGGCUGGGCUGACCUGGGGUCAGGAGUUCAGCUCAGCUACAGGAUGUUUUGGGUGUGAGGACAGAUAGUAAGGUAGUGUUAACUGCGUGGGCACUUUCCUACCUCCUGGGAGGGCCAAACUAUUGUAGAACUGUUUGCUACCAAACACCUUUUUUCUAUUAACUAAGCAUCCUGCCCAUCUGGGCAGCAAUAGGCUGAGGGCCUGACAAGCAGAGAGCUAGGCGCCUACUGCCAACAACGAAAGAUUCCACAUUUCUACAGGAUGGAAAGAGCCCCUGGGAAGCCAGAGCCAGCCACUCCCUGUUUAGCACUGAAGUCUGACACGCAAUGCAGGGAACGCCUGGAGCAGCCUGCCGUGGAAAGUUGGAGCCACAGUGUGUGGCAGGCGGAUGCAGGACCAGAGAGCAGUUGGGGAGAGUGAGACCCAGAGGACAGGCAUGGCAGGGAAAAUGCAGUUCUUGGCUUGGCUAAUGGUAGCCAUUUGCCUCUUUCCGUGGUUGACUACAUCCCAGCACCAUGCAGGGCAGCCCAUGAACAGCACCAGCGUGGGAGGUGGCCUGCAGGAGCCAGAAGCACCGGAAGUGAUGUUUGAGCUGCUCUGGGCUGGGCUGGAGCUGGAUGUCAUGGGGCAACUGCACAUCCAGGAUGAGGAACUGGCAUCCACACAUCCAGGCCGCCGACUCAGGCUCCUCCUGCUGCACCACGUGCCCAGUGACUUGGAGGGUGCUGAGCAGCAGCUGCAGCAGUUCCAGGACCUGCGGAAGGGGCCUCCUCUUAGCCCUUGGGACUUUGAACAUCUGCUCCUCACAGGCCUAUCCUGUGUCUACCGGCUGCACAAGGCUAGCGAGGCUGAGGAGAGGGGCCGCUGGGCCCAGGUCUUUGCCCUCCUGGCACAGGAAACACUCUGGGACCUGUGCAAAGGCUUCUGCCCCCAGAGCCAGCCCCCUUCUCUGGGACCCUGGCUUUCGAUCCUUGACCCCUUCCCCUGACGCUCCCCUUUCACCCGCUAGCCCACCUCCUCCCCCUUCCCCUCCCACCCCCCAUGCCAGACCCACCCUGGGCAGGAGCUUCCAUCUGGUACCUAGUUCUUCCCUGUGUUCAGGUCUCUGAGCUCGGCUUGUACCCUGGACCCUGGUCUAUCCCUCCCCCCAUCUUCUUCCCUGGGCCCUGAUAAGCUAAGAGUCCCGCCAUAAGGGCCCAGACAGCAGGUGCACAGCUUAAGGCAGAGUUGUGUGUGUUUUGGGGUCAGUGUAUUUAAGAGAUGCUGAAAGGGGAGCUGCCCCCAAGUAAGGCCAGGUCAGACCCUCCAACUCCUGCCCUGGCAGUCCGUGAGGCGUCCUGUGGAAUCUAAACGGGAACCUUGUAAGAGCUCAGCCUCCAGUCCUAAUUUAGAUAACUCCUUUUAACCCCAGCCACGGUUCUGGGGUCCCUGAACCUCCAAGUUCCCCAUGUGGACUGGGAGAAAGGGCUGGACGCUUUUAGUUCGGUCUGUUGGAGGAGUGAAGGGAAGCAGGUGGAGGAAUAUACCUUUUGUGUGGGGGGCCGGCGGGAAUGUUUUCGGUCUAUCUCAACAAGGCUCAUGAGAUGAACACCGCAGAGGAGGGUGUGAGGCUGGGAGGGGGCAGGCUGAGAGAGACAAGCUAAGGCUGGCUGGUAUAGCCCUGAUCCUGUGUAGCUCAUCCUAUAAAAUGUUCGGUUCUGGCCUCCUGGAGCCGGUGUGCUUCCAUGUUUGACCCCUGUUCUGAGCAAAUCACUCUCCCUGUCCUGAGGACAGGAAUCGCGGCAGCCAAGUAGCAACAGCACAUCCCACUCACACACCCUAGUGGAAGAAGGAAGGUGCUGCUGUUUCUUUGAAUCCAUGCUCCCAGCGAGGCAGUCACAAAAAGAAAUCAGCCAUCAAAGGGCUCUAAGAAUGACGCUGAAGGUCAGGGAGGGGGGUGGAGUCAGACAGAAGGACUGACUGGAAAGGGACAGGACGGGGAGGCCCACAACGGGUUGGGUGAGAAGGGUUCAAAUUCCCACCUCCUCGCCCACCCAGGACCUGACCAAAUCCUGCCCUCUGACCCCCAC